UCUCCUCAAAAGACAACAACGGCUUCUCUGUGUUUCAGAUUUCCUGUUUAUGGUUCUGCUCCGCAUAUUUCAACUUACAGUCUCUGGAUGAUUUUGGGUCUUUUUAUUUUACAUUCUCUUGUGAGAAUUCUGCAAGAUAUUUAAGCGGGAGAUCCAGAUUCUCUGCUAUUCGGGUUUCUGACCCGACCCGCGAUUUUUUUGGUCUGACGGUGCAUGACAUGAUUGCGAUUUCCGGGUCUUGAUUCUUUUUGCCCGAGGAGGAAGAAGGAGAUGGUCUCAGGGCUUAAGCAUACACUGAAGAGCCUUUGUUGCAGCCAUGGAUGGUCUUUUGCUGUUUUUUGGCGCUAUGAUCUCAGAAACUCCAUGCUAUUGACAGUGGAGGAAGCAUACCACGAUGAACUAACGCGUACAGUUGUGGAUGGUAUGCUUCGGCAGGAUCAUAUAUUUGGCCAAGGAAUCAUAGGAGAGGCUGCUUUAACCGGAAACCACCGUUGGAUGUUCCGCGACACAGCUAAAGACGUUUUCCAGGCGGAACAUGAUUUGCAGACUGUCUUGGUGGUUCCUAUUGGAUCGCGAGGCGUUGUUCAGUUGGGAUCCACCAACAAGAUUCAGAAGAGCACUGAAAUAUUGGAACAGACAGCGAGAGCGUUACAGCAGACUGGUCACAUCUCAGAAACUCUCGAUCUUGACGAGUUGUUUUCGACCCUAGCGCCUCUGGGAAGCUCGGAAUCUCUCCAAGGUCUCGCCUUUGAUGGGAUCUUCGCGGCUGGUUCGUGCUCUUUUCCGAGCCCCGAACCGCCGUCAUGUUUCACUUCUGAUAUCUGCGAGAUGUCGGGAAAGUCACAUGAUCCGUUCGAAGAUGAUGAUUUCGGGUUCGACAUUCUGAACUCGUACUCGCUGGACGAUCUUCAGCAGUGCCUCGCCGAUUCUCCUGGCCAGAACGCUUCCUUGAGCAGUGGUUCAUUGUCUCCCGGAUCCUUUCUUCAAGACAAGACUCUUGUGCAUUGGUCAGACGGUCAUCAGGAGACAUCUGUGGUCAGUGAAACUGAUCUCUUUGAUGUCUUGGGGCCGAAUUUCGAGGAUUCUUGCUCGACCCCUCCUAAAGGGCUCUUCUCAGAACUCAUAAGCAGCAGUUUCAGUAACUCUUCCAGUUCCGUCACCAACCAGACGCAUUCCCAAGAUUUCUGUUUGAAUCCCGCCAAAAGGAAAAAACUUGAAACUUCAUCCCCUCAGAGUUCAAGUUUCUUUGCACGGAGCUGCAACGUAAUGUCUCAGACAAUGAUGCAGACUGCCAGUUUCUGUAACCCUCCAAUCAAGCCAGAGACUUUUUCGAAACCGCAUUCGGGUUUUUGGAGCUGCAACUUUGGCGGGAAUUCGGAUUCAGGGCCGUCAAAGAAACCAGACGAAGCUGUGAGGAAGAAGAGAGCAAAGCCUGGAGAGAGCCGGAAGCCGAGGCCAAAGGACCGUCAGAUGAUACAAGAGCGUAUCAAGGAGCUAAGAGGGAUGAUUCCAAAUGCGGCGAAGUGCAGUAUCGAUGCGUUGCUUGACCUGACAACCAAACACGUGCUCUUCAUGCAAAGCGUCGCCAAGCACGCAGACAAACUCAAGCAAACAUAUGAGCCGAAGCUGGUGAAUCAGAAGGGUUCGUCGAUUGAAGAACAAGUGGCGGGAGAGAGAAACGGGGCGACUUGGGCGUUUGAAGUUGGAGAUGAGUCAGUUGUCUGUCCGAUCAUUGUCGAGGAUUUGAACCCACCUGGCCACUUGCAGAUCGAGAUGAUAUGCGAGGAAAGCGGGCAGUUCCUGGAGAUUGCAGAUUUAAUCAGAGGCUUUGGAUUAAACAUCUUGAAAGGAGCCAUGGAAACACGACACGGCAGAAUCUGGGCCCAUUUCAUUACAGAGGGAAGAGUGGAACGAGUGCAGGUGUUGUGGUCGCUUGUCCAACACCUUCAGCAAGAACAUCCCCUUCAUUAAUCUCUCUCCAAUCUUUCUUUGAUUUGGUUCCUAAUCCUUUGUGGCCCACAGUCGCAAUCUGUUUAUAGUAGACCAUAUGUCGAGUUAAUAUUUCUUUUUUUUUUUAUUAUUUAUUAAUAACAUAAAUGAGACCUUCAAUGUAUGGGCCUUGACGAGAUUACCCAUAGCCCCAAAUAUUGCCCGGAAACUUUGUUGGGUUGGGCUC